GCCACCGUAUUUUUGUCAUAAAAAAAAAGGAAAAAAAAAUUUUUUUUUUUAAAUUUGUGAACGAGAGUAGUUCUGUAACGGUCAUUUGUAGCAGCCAUUUUGUACCAGUGUUUCAUUCCGCAUUAAACGUUAUUUUUUGCAAAACCGCAGUACUUUCAUAUUUUUACAGUCCAUUAAAGAUCGACAAACAUCUGGUCCGUCGAGGCGGAUCAAGAAGAAAAGAGAGACAACUUCGCAAGCAAAUAAGAUUGGGUCAAACUUCAUUAAGUCACCUAUCCAAGGUAGGAGGAAUUUACCUGUCCGUUAUACGUGGUAGACAGUUUAAAAUGGAUCAACUCGAGAAAUUAAAGAAAAAGCGCGCUUCGAUAAGAGCUAGUGUGACGAAAUUAAUUAGUAAAAUCGAUAGUUUAAUUGAAAGCGACGAUAGAGAGACAGAAACUCAUCUAGAAAUACUGGAUCAGUUGAGUCGAAAGGAAGAGUCAUUGAGAACCUUAAACGGGGAGAUUGAGGGUUUCAUUACUAGCCCAACUGAUUAUGACACUGAGAUAGUCAAUAGUGAAGAAUAUGAGGACAAAAUUAUAAGUUGUAAAUUUAAGAUCCAGUCUCGUAUUAAACGAUUAGAAGCAGAUUCGUCCGUGGUCACGGUGACUCAGGGCCCCGUAGUUCGAAAUAAUUCCGCUAAUAUUAAGUUGCCGGAGAUUCCUCUACCGAAAUUCUCUGGAAAAUAUGAAGAAUGGAGUAACUUUAAAAUGCAAUUUGAUAAUAUCAUUUCGUCAAACGAGCAACUGUCGGCAGAACAAAAACUACAUUAUUUGAAGGCUGCUCUCGUAGGGGAAGCUAAGAGUUUAGAAACGUUAAACGAUUCGUUUGCUUCAUUGUUUCAAGCGCUACAAGAAAGGUACGAAAAUAAGAAAUUAAUAGUAGAAACCCAUGUUAAUGCGAUUCUGGACUCUGUAAAAUUACCUUAUGAGUCAGCAAGGGGUUUGAGGAGUUUAAUUGAUAGCAUCAAUAGAAAUAUGCGAGCACUAAAAGUCCUAGGAUAUGAAAGGAAUGAGCUUUCUGAUAUCUUAAUUUUAAAUAUCGUACUUCAGAAGCUGGAUAAGGAGACUCUAAAACAGUAUGAGUUCAGUAUCAGUUCGAAUGACGUUCCUAAACUAGAUAAUUUGAUUUCAUUUUUGGAAAAGCGUUCUCAGAUUUUAGAAAACAUUAAUAAGACCACGUUCGUGAAACCAAGGUGUAGUCAAGAUAGAGUUAAACCGAAAAGCUUGUUUGUGAAAUGUAACAAUUCUAUGUCUCAUUGUAUUUUAUGUAAGCAAAAUCAUCCUGUUUACACUUGUGAUUCCUUUUUACGGCUUGAAGCCUCCCAAAGAAACGAUGUGGUGGCCAAAAACAACCUCUGUUUCAAUUGCUUAAGUGAUCGGCAUAAGUUAUCCAGUUGCAACUCUAAGAGCUGCUCUCCUAGUGACCCCACCCAUCACGGAGCCCAACAAGAAGAUGCCGUCACAUGA